AUGCUAGCUAACGCGCGCGCCGGUUCCAUCACCACUAUCGACAUACAGGCUGUCUGUAUGGUAUACGGAGCCCGCUUCUACGCCGAAAACGUACCAGCAGUCGCUAUGGGGCCCGAUGCUAUGGUCACAAGCGAUGGUCGCGCAUCAUCUGCGCAUCCAAGGUCAGUGAUUGCCUUCUCCAACUACAAGAUAUAUCCCCUGACUCUUCCCAGUGAGCGUGUACCAUAUGCAAGACAGGCUAUUCAAACCUCAAUGUCGUACUGGUCCGCAACUACGUACACAUCCGCCGCCCCAAGCACGCGGGCGCCGACUAUGUCGCGCCGCUCAUUCGCUGCUUCCGAUUCGUCCCAAGUGCGAGCUUCCAACGACUUCCAGUCACACGGCCCCCAUACCUUACAGCCUGAGUUAUUUGGGUUGGAGGUCUACGCCGAACAUUCCACCACCGAGGGCCCUCAGUGGCUCCAACAGCGGGCCAAGGUCGAUGGAUGCUCGAACACCGUUCGCGCCUCUACUAGAGGCUUCACCACUGGCCAACCAUCACUCGCUGAGAAGUUCGCUGUCCUCAUGAUCUACGCGUUCUUUACACUCUGGCUAGUACGAUCUGCCACUGAGAGCAUAUUCACUCUCGUUCCCUUUGCCAGCCUGGUAUGGUUAGCGUUCGGUGGGUUCCAGAUGCUUGAGCAGCAACAGCUGUCAGCUCAGCCGUUGCCGAUCAUAGACGACGACGACGACGAUGACGACGACGCGUCUUGCGGUGUUUGUACUACUGGAGACAUUGUGCCCUUAAUUGAGGCAAUGAUGCUCGACCGACAGACCGCUCAUGAAGAGUCGAAAGUGCCAGAGUGGUUAGCCAGCUUUCGGGAUAUGUCUGCAGGCAGCGACCAGUGGAUGUCGUCUCUUGGGAACGAAGAUAAUCUGUCUCUCACUACGUCCGUCGCACCAAGUGCUCAAGGUCCUACGGGGAUGUCGCAUACUACCGAAUUCCAGUGCGAAAUCGUUGGAGACGAAGACGCUGUCGAAGCUGCUUGCUCCAGCAGUGACCAGAUAGCAGCACUUCAGCGUCAGCAUGGCAACCUUGUCUUCAACGACACUGACCAGUGGGCGCCGGGUGGCCGUCUUUACAACCAACGCAGGGCCAAUCAUCUUGAGCCUAUCUUCAUUGAUGGUGAUGGUCAGACAUACGAGGAUGUGGACGGCUGGCUUGGACGACCCACCGAAGCAGAUGCGCAGGACAUCGCCUUCCUUCUACACGCCUUGAAAUCACAUCUUCCGGAAGACCUGAAAGCAGCGAUUGGAGCUCAGUCUUUGGAUACGCUUAUCAAGACGCGGUCACAGAAUGGCGAAAAUGCACUCCUCCAGGAGCUCGAAUUGCAAUGGCUUCUCAUCUGUCCUGGUACUAUCGUCGCGCCCGGUUCGCCCAUCAAGACGUUGCAAGACAUCAAGACCAUCAUCGAGGGGAAUCGGAGGAAAUUCACCCCUGCAUGUCACAUCGAUGUACGUCAUUACGUGGGGCUAGAUCACCCUUGCCGACCAUAUCUCACAGAAUAUGAAGAGAUGGCGAUGAACGAAGGUAUCUCGGACUACAACAUCCGCAACUGGAGCAUCGACUUCAAACCCUCAUUCAUUCGUGAAGCCACAAAGGGCAAGCCAGAGCACGCCUUGAUCGAAAGCUACGAGCGGAUUCCCGACUGGAUGGAAGACAUUGACGAAGGCGACCUACUUGAUCCAAAUGCUUUCCACGAGUGUCCAUGCGGACAGGCCGCGAUGUCAACGCUCGUUAGCUACCGCGACGAAAAGGAGCACAACUACAAGGAGAUGAAAGGCUUUGAAUCUUCCUUCCCGAUCGAAGUCCUCGACGGUAGCGAGCUCCAUGACGCCAUGGCUGACCUGGUUCAGUUCCCGGAUUAUCCCGAGCAUGCGACUCCGCCUCGUUCCCAGGAGAUCGUACAGAACUGUGAGCUGCAUAAGACGACCACCAAGAACAUCUUUGUUCUAGUCGAUACGUCAGUUGAAGACAUCAACGAGCGUAUCAGCCGUCCUGGUGGCUUACUUCCUGCUCCAGGAAUGACGUCCUCUUUCUACCCUCCCGGAUACCAGACUACCGUCGGUUUCUCGGAGAUUCCUUACCGUCUGCUCGCCCCUCGGUGUGAGCACGGUCGCUUGCAUCAGCUUGAGUUUACGCCUCAGACGAUGGCGAGCAGGAUGAUGAAUACGAGUCAGAUCGGCUGUACACACUGCUUUCCGCACGGCCACAUCGUUACUCGAUGCCAGGAGUGUCUAGAGCAUUGCUAUGCUCUGGCUGCGCCGCACGGCAUGUGGGGGCAGCUCGAUGCCGCAUAUCAUCCAACAGUAGGCUUUGCUCAAGAGCAACACCAGGGUCACGACUUGGCACAGAAUGUGCAGUCUAGGCGGGCAAAAGCCUUGAUCGCUGGUACUGCGCGCGCAGCUCCUUAUCCAUCCGGUAGGUCCUUUUUCCAUUACAAUGCUAGAUCUUCAGCUGACUCCAGACCUCUAGUUCGGCAGCGGUAUCCCAACUUCCCCGUCAACACAGAUUUCGAGGCUGCAAUGCAGCGCGCAAACUGGGAAUGA